CCAGCACAUGCAGCAGCAGCUGGCAGCAGCACUAGUUAUGUUGGACACUUUGCAGGAUUCGCUGCUGAUAAUGAUGGCACAUCUGCGUACCUUUGCAAGGAUGCAUGCUUCUUGCUCCUCAGACUUGCAACGGGUGGGACGAUGCAGGCCCGGCUCGCGUCUGCGAGUUCGCAACGCGCGAUGGUGCUCAGUUCCACGCUUGUGCACUGCCAUUGAGCAUCAAGGACAUGAUGAGCUGAUUCUUCUUGCCAGCAUCACGAACUCAACCGGGUUCAUGCAUUCUGCCAACGGUCACAACCAAAUGGCCCAUGCCGUCAGCGGCUACAGAACCGAGUUUGCGCACGGAUUGUGAGGUCUGUCUGUCUUUGCUUCGCAUACUGACGACUUGUCGGUCGGCAACACAGGUCGUAAAUCUAUAUCGCCGCGGUGCGAUCAUUCUGUUCCUCGUCAAGCUUCGCGCCGUGGUGCAGCAGUCUAUUGUCACGGAGUUCUCAAGCGAUACUUCAGACAAGCACUGGUGCUACAACAAGGUGCACAAUUCAAGGAGUCGGGAUUCAAGCAGCAGCAAGGGCAAUUAG